AUGGCAAACAGUGAAGGAAGUCGUGAUUCACAAAGGAGGAUGGUUGAGGGUGAAUCAAGCAAUGCAAGGGAAAGAAGGCUUAAGAUGCAAGCCGAUUUGAAGAAGAUGGAUCAGAGGAUGGAAGAAUCUGAUGCAGAGGGAUAUGAAUACUCUGAGGAGGAACAGUCUGAGAGUGAGAAAUUGAGGAAAGAAAGGAGAACCAAGAAGAGGAAUGACCCUAUUAGUAGUGAGAGUGAGCAAGGGGAGUUUGAGGUAGGAGUGAACCUUAUUCAAGAGGAGGGAAAUGGUUCUCCAAAUGAAGAAAGGAAUGAUGAGACUGAGAGUGAAGAGGAAGGAGAAGAGGUGAACCAUUUGGUUGAUGAAGAUGAUCAAGAGGGGAACCAAGAUGAGCCAAUGGAAGAGGUUGAGGAAGAGCAAGAGGAGGAUGAGCUCCCCAUGUACCAAGAGCACUAUGAUGCUCUCUUCUCCAUGGGCUUUGUGGACACCAAGUACCCACAUGAUGACACCAUGAGAGACCUUGGGAUAUUUGAGGAUGUGGAGUUGGUGCUCAAGAACAUGCAAUUGGGGAAGUUCUUCUCUCACCGCAUGGAGUCUUACAAGGAGUUGACUUGUGAGUUUUUGGCAUCAAUGAAGCAUCACGAGUUUGAUGAGCUCGAUCGAGCUGAGUUGGACCGAGGCUGGGGUACUCUUCCUCAAGGUCCAAGGCUGCCUUGA